AUGCAAAGUAAACCAGCACAACUACACCCACAAACCAACCUAUCCCAACUCCCCCAUCGUAACACCAAUAUGGCAAGGGCAAGCCCAUGGAAAGCCGUCAACACCCCUCUACCACCCCCGAGUGCCACCGAGCUGUCCCACGGCUUCACCAUCCACGCACCCUCCUCCUCCGACCUGUGGGAAACCCCAGCAACAGCGCCAGUCUUCACCUGCCCCAUGAUCUACCAAUCGAUCCCCCUCGGAUCAUUUCGCAGAUCCCGUGUCACAAUCACCGCAGAUCUCAAAGACCGGUACGCACAGGGCGGCUUGGCACUCAUCAUCCACCGGCCUGACGCAGCCCGCGCAUGGGUCAAGGCCGGCGUGGAGUUUAUGGACGGCGAGCAGCUUGUCUGUGUUGUUGGGAGGGACAGGCUACCUGAUGCCAGCCUGGGGACUUUGAUUACGACCAGUUCUGGUUCUGGUUCUGAUGCGGAUGCCGCGGAGGCCGAGGUGACGAUUGAGAUGGUGAGAGAGGACACCGGCCUGGCUGUGUUUGAAAUCCUGGCCGGGGAUGGAUCUGGUCAUGGGAAGAGGAAGGUCAUUCGAGAGAUGGCGUGGGUGUUUUCUGCUAGUGGUGAUGAGGAAUGCUGGAUUGGAGCGUAUGCGGCAAAACCGGCUGGAGAUGCGAAGGAUCCUGAUAUCGCGGUGAGAUUCAGAGGUUUGGUCGUUGAAGUCUUAGAUACUUAG